AUGCCAGUAAAAUGUUGUUUCCACAGGUCAGCCCCUAAGGAAACAAUGGCAUGGAUGGAAUCUGUGGAUACACUUUUGGCAAAUAAAGAUGGCCUGGAUGCAUUUAGGUCUUUCCUGAAGUCAGAGUUCAGUGAGGAAAACAUUGAAUUCUGGCUGGCCUGUGAAGACUUCAAGAAAACAAAGUCAGCAGCUAAAAUGGCCUCAAAAGCCCAAACGAUUUAUUCCGAGUUUAUCCAGGCAGAUGCCCCAAUGGAGAUAAACAUCGACUUCAAUACCAGAGACCACAUCACCCAGACUAUUUCUGAACCAACUCUUCAGUGUUUUGAUGAUGCUCAGAGAUUAAUCUACAAUCUCAUGGCUAAGGACUCUUUCCCGCGGUUUCUAAAGUCAGAAGCAUAUAAGGAACUGGUAAAUAAGCAACAGAAUGGCAACCAGAAAAGGUGGCUGCCAUUUUUGUAA